CUAUUUUCCUGAAUUAUAGCUGCGAUGGACCUAAAUGCUUCACCCCAGCACGAAGAAGACGAUGAUCCUUUUAAUAAGAGACGUCUUGAAGACCGAAUAGAAUCUGCAGUUGAGAUCGCAAGACGGGAGCGGGAAGAAAGAAGGAAACGAAUGAGAUUUGACAGGCCAACCCGAAACUCUCAGCCUGUCUUCCGUGAUCAGUUUUAUCACAACAGAGAUACUAGAGUCUAUGACCAAACCAAGAUCCCUCAAGGUUGGCUAGAUUGUCCUGGGUUUGGUCUGGAGGUAGGAUGCAUUAUUCCUUCUAAGGUUCCCCUUAGUGAAUCUUACAACGAACAUGUUCCUCCUGGCAAAAGAUACUCUUUUAAACAGGUUGUCCGUAACCAGAGAAUUAAUGGACGAAAGCUUGGUCUAGUGAUUGAUCUUACUAAUACUACUCGUUACUAUCCUACGUUAGAAUUAAAGAAGGAUGGCAUCAAGCAUGUUAAGAUCGCAUGCAGGGGUCGUGAUGCUGUGCCAGAUAACGUUUCUGUAAACAACUUCGUCAGCGAGGUUAUUCAAUUCAUUCUUAAUCAAAAACAACACACAAAGAAAUACAUCCUCGUCCACUGUACUCAUGGGCAUAAUCGGACAGGGUUUAUGAUAGUUCAUUAUCUUAUGCGCUCUACGCCAACAAUGAACGUUACACAGGCAUUGAAAAUGUUUUCUAAUGCCCGCCCACCUGGGAUUUAUAAACCGGAUUAUAUUGAUGCUUUAUACACUUUCUAUCACGAAACAAAGCCUGAGAGUGUUACUUGCCCACCAACUCCUGAAUGGAAGAGGUCCCCCGAGCUUGACCUUAUUGGUGAAGCUGUUCAAGAUGAUGAUGAUGAUCAUGGUGAGGCUCCGCCUGGCACUGUUCAGGAAUAUGUGAAGAUGUCAAAUGAUGACAUUUUAGGUGAUGAAAUACCCGAUUGUCAAGCGAAUGCUUACCGACAGUUCUGUUAUAAGAUGCUUUAUACAGAGGAAGAACUUAAGAAAAUUAAAAUUAUUGAGGUAUGA